CUAGGCAGAGGCAGGCUGGCCCUGCCUCCUCCCUGACUAGUACUCUCUCUCACCUUAGCGGCGGUUACGGCCAUGUUCCUUCGGGUGGCAACCCAGAGGCUGCCUCCCUGGAGGGGCUACUGCUCCAGGGGGUCACAGGGCGCGCUCAGCCAGGACUUUGUGGAGGCCCUGAAGGCAGCUGUAGGGAGCCCCCAUGUGUCCACUGCUUCUGCCGUCAGGGAGCAUCACGGGCACGAUGAGUCGAUGCACAGGUGUCAACCUCCUGAUGCCGUGGUGUGGCCCCAGAAUGUGGACCAGGUCAGCCGAGUGGCCACCCUGUGCUACAACCAAGGCGUUCCCAUCAUCCCAUUUGGUACAGGCACUGGUCUUGAGGGGGGAGUCUGUGCUGUGCAGGGCGGAGUGUGCAUCAACCUGACCCAUAUGGACCGCAUCAUGGAGCUGAAUACAGAAGACUUCUCUGUGAUGGUGGAACCUGGCGUCACUCGUAAAGCCCUCAAUACCCACCUGCGUGACAGUGGCCUUUGGUUUCCUGUUGACCCAGGUGCAGAUGCUUCUCUGUGUGGCAUGGCAGCCACUGGGGCCUCGGGCACCAAUGCCGUGCGCUACGGAACCAUGCGGGACAAUGUGAUCAACCUGGAGGUGGUGCUGCCUGAUGGCAGGCUGCUUCACACCGCAGGCCGGGGCCGCCAUUAUAGGAAGAGUGCAGCUGGCUACAAUCUCACAGGACUCUUUGUGGGCUCUGAGGGGACUCUGGGUAUCAUUACAUCUGCCACCCUGCGCCUGCACCCUGCGCCAGAGACAACAGUGGCCGCCACCUGUGCAUUCCCUAGUGUUCAAGCUGCUGUGGAUAGCACAGUUCAGAUCCUCCAGGCGGCAGUGCCUGUGGCCCGCAUUGAGUUCCUGGAUGAUGUCAUGAUGGAUGCUUGCAACAGGUACAGCAAAUUGAACUGCCCCGUGGCACCCACGCUUUUCCUGGAGUUCCAUGGCUCCCAGCAGGCACUGACAGAACAGCUGCAGCGCGCAGAGGCGAUCACUCAGGAUAAUGGGGGCUCUCACUUCUCCUGGGCCAAGGAGGCUGAAAAGCGCAGUGAGCUUUGGGCAGCGCGGCACAAUGCUUGGUAUGCAGCCUUAGCCUUGUGUCCCGGAAGGAAGGCCUAUUCUACGGACGUGUGCGUGCCCAUUUCCCGGUUGCCGGAGAUCUUGGUAGAGGCCAAGGAGGAGCUUAUUGCCUCAAAACUCACAGGAGCCAUUGUUGGGCACGUGGGUGAUGGCAACUUUCACUGCAUCCUGCUGGUCGACCCAGAUGACGUGGAGGAGCAGAGGAGGGUCAAAGCCUUUGCAGAAAAUCUGGGCAGGCGUGCCCUGGCACUCCACGGGACAUGCACCGGAGAGCAUGGCAUUGGGCUGGGCAAGCGGCAGCUGCUGCAAGAGGAAAUGGGCAGCGUGGGCGUGGCGACCAUGCGGCAGCUCAAAGACACACUGGAUCCCCGAGGUCUCAUGAACCCAGGCAAAGUGCUAUGAGGAUCUUGUAACUCGGCCCACGGUCCCCAGCAUGCAGAGGCCCUCCCUGCUCUGUACCUUUUCUUCAAGCCACUGACUUUGCAAGAGAUGCUAUCUCUGCCUGCUGGGUACAGAUACAGACCUUUGUCCUCUGUCGUUGGGGCUCAAGGUGAAGGUGAGGAAGAUGGACUCACAGGAGAGCUAUUACUCUGGCUGUUCUUAGGAGCCUUUCACUCCAGUAGAAGUGUCUCCCACUGGAGUUUCUUCCUGGCUACCAGAGAUGGUGUGGGCCUACUCUUAAGAUCAGAUUCCUUUGUGGAGGCUUCUCCUCUGCAGGGGGGUGGGAUGGGGGGGGAGCAUCACCACAAUUCAUCCUGUAUAUAGUGAUAGGAACACCCCUUUCCUGCAAAGGCCCCCUACUGCACAGUGAUAGACCUUUUUGUCCCCACCCCCACGAAUGUGAGCCCCACUUGCAGCUGUACCCUCUCCUCCCCUCCAGGUCUCUGACCUCGGGUAAUGAGCCAUUUGUUUUAGGCCUGUGACAGUGGCCUGGCGAGGGGGAAGAAAGCCAGCCCCAACCAACCCCUCUGCUUCUGCAUCCAUGAGGCAGAAGACUGCCUGUGGUGGGAGGUUCAGUUUCCCCACAAGGCUUGGACUAGAGCACUUUCUCCAAGCUAGGCAGGUCCUCAGAAGUAGAGAUGAGGCAAUCCUCUGUGUAGCACCAGCCUUUACCUUCAAAGUCAGGGUCUUGCCCACUUUGAGGCCUGGCAGUUUUGAGAUUCCCUGGCCAGUUUCCGUCUGGAGGUACUUGGCAGUUGUUCCCCAGAAGUCCACAAGAGGGCACCUGACACCGUAAAUCUUAAACAUUCAGCAUUUGCUUAGGGCCGGCUGCAGACGCCUUCCAGGGGCCAGUCUCUACGGACUUUUUACCCAGCGGGGGUCCAAGUCAACUGCAGCACCGUCUCCCCUACGUCUUCCUAGCUCUUUGCGUUGGAGAAACGGGAAGAGGCCACAGCAGGGAAGCAGCCUCUCGCACCCUUCUCUCACCAGGCCUGGGGAGAGGCUGCCAUCCCUACGCUUUCUCAGUCCAACUUCACCUCUUAGGACCCCUUCUCUGUAAGGUCUGUCUCAUGGUUCUCUGGCUUGCUCCCAACCCACUUCGGGAUGAAGAAACCCAAACAUCAGUCCCACACGCAGCAGGGAAAGAGAGCUCUAGUGAAUCCCACCCCCCUAGACACAGCCAAGAUUGCUCACUCCUCCCACAAAUCCUCCCAAGUUCUGCCAGGCAGGGUUCCUCCAAUAACAUUGCCCUCCAAUAACUGUCAACUCAAUAAACAGCCAUUUCCCCACA